AUGACCUCCCCAGUCUACAUGACGCCCAGUCCCGAUGAAGCGCUUCACUUUCGCGGAAAGACUCUGACUCCGGAAAGCCCACGCCCGCUGCACAUUCCGGAGCCAGCCAACAUCCCCGUCCUGGAGAACCAAAUGGACCCCAUCUUCAACGAUACCUCGCGAUAUGAACCGGUGCGGAAGGACAUACAAGGGUCGCACGGAUUAGACGCUCAGGGAGGACCAUGUCACGGUAGUUCUGGGUCAAAUGCGCAAUAUGGAACUUUUUCGCCAUACCCCAACUCCUCGGGGGCCGAAACCGCAAGCCAUCUAGCCUCAUUCGCUGUCGGGUCCGCUGAUGCAGCGUCCGAUCCCUCCCAGGGCUUUGCCAUGGCGAGCAAAGUAGACGGCGCUCCGCUGAUGCCAGAGCAAACAGAACCUGCGGGACCGACGGGCGGAGUCAAUUAUCAAAACCUCCUCGAUAAUCUCUCCCAUCCUGAUCCCCGUGCGACCAUGCCCGAGGCUGCUCCUGAGCAGUCUUUCCAUCAAGCACCAGUCGUCGAAUCUCACCAAUCCCACCAACCCCAGGGCGACCCUGCCCACGCCCAUGCCCAGCCCCAACCUACGCUCCCCAUUAACACCCCAAAUGAUAUCACAUAUCAAAUUCCACCCCAAGAAAAUGCCCAACCCUUUGCCCAGAGUAACCCCCAAGCGCAGAACCCUCAACCUCAGCUAUAUUCGGGGGCCCCCGCUGGGAACCCGAGUCUGCCCACCUCGGGCGUCCAGACCCCUUCCACCGGUCCGGAAUCUCAAGCUUCCUCGCAGGAGCUAUCGCUCGGUCUGAAGAAAGGCCGGGUUGACAAACAAGGCCGACCAAUCAAAGGCAUCGAUGAUGAUUCCCCUUGGGGCCCCGAGGUCCAAAAGAAGUACGAUGAGUUUCUACACGAUGAGCGUAUCUAUGUGACCGAAGGCCUCUGGGACCGAUUCCCCAUGGGCUCUCGGUUGUUCGUCGGCAACCUCCCAACCGAAAGAGUCACCAAGCGCGACAUGUUCCAUAUCUUCCAUAAAUACGGCAAACUUGCUCAGAUCUCGAUCAAGCAAGCCUACGGCUUCAUACAAUUCUUAGAGGCGGGCUCCUGCCAUGCCGCUUUAGGCGUCGAGCAAGGCGCUAUCGUCCGGGGUAGAAAGAUUCACCUCGAAAUUUCCAAGCCGCAGCGGUCCACACGGCCCGCUCCAGCACCAGAGCCAUCUCGCGCACCCCCGCCCCGUCGCUCACGGUCCCCGGAGUUCAGCCGGGCCGGCCCCCCGAGGCCCAACCCCCGCGCUCCUAGCGAUCGCUACGAUCGAAGCAAGCCAUAUGAGCCAAGCCGUUUACCGUUCAGCGAUUUCCGGGAAGAGGCUUCUCAUCGUGCUAGGCGCGACGAUUAUCGGCCGCCACGUUCACCUUCUCCGCGGCCUUUCCGGGGAAGCAGGGACGGUUACCGGUCACGGGAUAGAACACCCGAACGAUUCGAUCGUCGCGAACGAAGGCGCACUCGUUCGCCACGGUCCCCUCGCUCUCCUCGUUCCCCGUACUCGAGGGAUAGACGAUAUCGUACCGCCAGCCCCAGACCGCGUGGUGUCUAUGAGGGCGAGGCAGAUCUGCCCGUCCCGCGUCGGGUUCCUCGAGAUGUGCCAGAGGUACAGCUUCUCGUGCUGGAAGAACUUGACAGAAACUUCGUGCUCCAUGUGGAGAAUGCAUUCCGCAAUCGUGGACUACGAGUGGAUGUGCUCGUCCUCGGCCCUCGCAUUCCCCUUGGCGCCGCAGUUCAUCGCCAGUUCAUCGAGGGCGUGCUUGCUGUUGUCCGCCUCUCCCGCCCAAAUCAGGUCUCGCGGAAAGUUCCUUUGCAGCUCUUUGAUCGAACUGCCGGAUUGGAUAAUGUCCGUUUUCUCGACUACCCAGAGCUCGAGCCUAACUUAAGUGCUGAACUAUUGAGCCAUCAGGCACAAGCAAUGCAGCGAGGUGCUGCCCCAACCGCCUUUGCGCCAAACCCUGCAUUUGCUGUCCCUCCCGUGCAACCCAUGCCAAUUCCCCAGCCUGGCCUGCCCACUCUCUCGAACCCUCCCAACAUCGCAAAUCUCAUUGGUUCCUUGGACGGUCCCAGCCUCUCAUCCCUCCUAUCGGCCCUUCAACGCCCUACCCAUUCGCAGCCUGUGUCUGCCACACAAUCGCCCUUCUCCUCGCCAAAUCCUCCUCCAGCAGACCUUGCCAGUCUUCUUUCCAAUGCGCACCGGCCUCCGCCCAUCCCCAACCCUCAACAGCCACCUCUCCCCAGUCCACCAUUCGCUCUUCAACCUCCCAAUGCGCCUGUUGUGACAGAUCCAAACCUGCUUUCGCUCUUAGCUAAAGGGCUAAGUGGCCAACAACAGCCAGGUCCAGCCACGGGCCCUCAGGUCCAGAACCUGAUGAACCACCUUGCGAGAUGGAAGCAAUGA